AUGUUCUACAUGUGUUUAAAUGUCUGUUUACUUCUAAAUCAGAAUUUAAUAAUUGAUCUUUCUUUGCAUGUGCAUCACUUUGUUUUACAUGAACGAGUGUCGCAGAUCAAGCAUCACAAAUUAGUGGAACAAAUACAUGCCAUGUGUUUACGUCGUAGCAUUCAUGAAACCAUAAACAGCUUGUCAAAAGAGUUCUCGACGCUUAAAGUGUCUGAAAACAAGAGAAAAAAUUGUUUACAAGAAAAUGAAAACUGUGUAAGGAAAAUUAACUUUUCAUUAUAA